CAGCCUUUCGGGCACUUCACAUCUUGUUUUCAAAGCUCAUGGCGUGAGGGCUGCGCGCGACCCUGGACCACGCCAUGUUUCUGGGCCGGCUGCGCUGCGCGGCGCUGUUCCGCAGCAGCGUGUGCCUGGCCGCCCGGGACGCGUACAGCGUGAUGGGCCUGGAGCGGAGCGCCUCGCCGCAGGAGGUGAAGGCGAGGUUCCGGGUGCUGGCGAAGCAGUACCACCCGGAUCUCAACACCGACAGGAAUGCUUCGCUGAAGAUGGCGGAGCUGACCAGCGCCUAUGACACCCUGAUGGACCCCAAGCGCCGGGCCGCCCUGGACCAGGCGACUGCGGGCGCCUCCGCGGGGGCCGGAGGCUACACGGGGGGCUUCCCGAACUUUGAGAACGACGAGUGGGUGUCUCCUUCCCAGAUGUUCUCCGAGUUCUCUGACCUCUUUGGGCGGAACUCGCAGUUCCGGCAGCCCGAUUCCACGGCGGCCAGGGGCGAGGACGUGAGCACCAACGUGGAGAUCUCUUUCCUGGAGGCCGCGCAGGGCUGCGAGAAGAUGAUCUCCCUGCGGCUGAAGCAGACCUGUCCGGACUGCCGUGGCAGUGGGGCACGUGAGGGUACCACCUGGUCAAAGUGCCGAGUGUGCAAGGGUACCGGGGUGCAGCGCAAGGAGCAAGGGAUCCUGAGCAUGGGCAUGCCCUGUCAGCGGUGCCGCAGCCGUGGCGUGGUCUUGGACCACCCCUGCCGGGGCUGCAACGGGGAGAGCACCAGGAUGAUGCCCAGGGAGAUUCGGGUGAACGUGCCUGCCGGUGUUCGGAACCUCAUGGAACUUCGGGUGCCAGGCGCUGGUCAUGCAGGGUGUCACGGCGGCAAGGCGGGGCAUCUCUUCGUGCAGGUCAAGGUUUUGCCGCAUGAGAGGUUUCGAUUGCUCGAGAAUGAUGUUCACCUGGACGUGCCGCUGACCUUACGAGAAGCACUGCUGGGCGGCGAGGUGUCCAUCCCCACCCUUGAGGGGAGCAGUGAGCGACUGGUGAUCCAGGCGCCGGCCCAGCCUGGGGCCACCACAGUGCUGCGUGGCAGAGGCCCGCCGCGGCCCGCGGGCGGCCGGGGGAAUUUGGUGCUCCACUUCCUGCUGCAGCUGCCCAGAAGCCUCUCCAAUCGCCAGGUGGAACUCAUCGAGGAGUUCGAUGAUUUGUCCAGGCCUACGUGAGGAAGGUCCCAGGGAAAUUCCUCUCUUUUGCUCGGUGACUCGGCGCUACUUCUACCAAGUUUUUGCCCCGCCGAUGGCGGUGCGUGAUCGAGCGAUGCGUGAUCGAGCGUGCCGCAUGCUGGUGUCAACAUGCUAGGACCAAAGCCACUUCGGCGCCCUGAUUGCCGACACGGAUCUGUGACGGCGGCUUCUGACGUGGCUUGCACGGUCUGCUUAGUUUGCCCUGCUCAGCAUAUCAUGCGUUUGGAUGCGAUCUC